UGGCAUGGCAUAAGAUAUGUAGUUAACAAAACUAAAGAUGGCGCAAAUUGUUGAUUUAAAAUACACUUUAAAAUUGCCAAAUUACGUAAACGAUUAUUAUGGGUACGUGAGAAAAAAAAUAAUUCAUUUGAAAAAGGUGCAAAAUAAAUAUGGCAAAAUUAAAUUCAGUUAGGAAAAUUAUAUUUUAUGAAUUCUAUACAAAAUUAAAUUCUUCUGCACCCAAUUAUUCGAUGAAGGUCUCGCACGAGAUUUUAACAGAAGGUCCAGUACGAAUUUUAGAAAACAAAAUUAUGUCCAAGGAGCUACAGGAAGAUGAAGUUCAGAUGAAAAUAGCUCACCAGCUUCAAAAUGUACAUGAUAACAUCAAAGGCUACAAACCUACUGAGAAAAACAUUUUCACCAAAUUUUUUACCAAAAAACAAAUUGCUCCCAAAGGUUUGUAUAUUUACGGAUCUGUUGGUGGGGGAAAAACCAUGCUGAUGGAUCUCUUUUAUAAUAGUUGCAAUAUUCAAAGAAAAACGAGGGUGCACUUCAAUGCCUUUAUGGUAGAAGUUCAUAAAAAAAUGCAUGAACUGAAGCAAGAAGUUGUUGUGGAUUACACUCAAAGAAAACCUAAACCGUUUGAUCCUAUACCACCUGUCGCUGAAAAGAUUAUUCAGAAAUCCUGGCUUAUAUGCUUUGAUGAGUUCCAAGUGACUGAUAUUGCUGAUGCAAUGAUAUUGAAGAGACUAUUCACUCACUUGUUUGAUAAUGGAGUUGUGGUCGUUGCUACAAGUAAUAGGGCCCCUGAAGACCUGUAUAAAAAUGGUUUGCAACGUUCAAACUUUAUUCCAUUUAUAGGUAUUCUUAAGAACCACUGUGAAGUUGCAUCUUUAGAUUCUGGCAUAGAUUAUCGUUUGAGAAGUAUUGGAACCAAAACAAAUUAUUUUGAAAAAUCUAAAUUUGCAAUAGAUACUGUCAGUCAGAUUUUUAAAGUGCUUAUUUCAAAAGAAAAUGAUAUAGUUCGUAGUAAGACUUUUACAAUUCUAGGAAGAAAUGUCAGUUUUGGAAAAGUUUGUGGAGGAGUCUUGGAGUCCUCUUUUGAAGAGCUGUGCUCCAGACCUCUUGGUGCUAACGACUAUUUGCACUUGACUCAAUUUUUUCACACGAUAAUCAUCAGGGAUGUUCCAAGAAUAGAUCUCAUCAAAAUGCGUUCAGAAGCUAGACGAUUCAUAAUUCUUAUAGAUGCCUUAUAUGACAACAAAACCAAAGUUAUAAUUACGGCAGAAGUUCCCAUUGAACAAUUAUUUUUUAUUCCCAGAGAUAGACCGAAAGAAAUGAGCGAUGAAAAUAGAAUGCUAAUGGAUGAUUUGAAAAUGGGGGAUCAAGACUUAGCAGCAAAUAUUUUCACUGGAGAUGAAGAAAUUUUUGCUUUUCAAAGAACUAUGUCAAGGCUCAGUGAGAUGCAAAGUGAAGAAUAUUGGGGUAAAAAGAAAAAAAAACGUGUUCAGUAAAUGUUAUAGAAAAAUUAAAUACAUAGGUUAAGACUAUCGAUAUUUUUUGUUAUAAUUUGUUAUUACCAAAGUCUUUCAACCACAUGUACUUAAAUUAUACAUACAAAUAUGAAACUGUUCUUCAGUUAUAAUAUUAUGUGACUUGUCCAUACAACGAGAUUUUUGUACAAAAGUACUUUUACUUUUCAUAUUUAUUUAUGUUGACAACCAAAAAAUAAAUUAUUGCAUUGUU